GAACUCCUCCGCAGAUUGCGGCCAAUGUUUGCGUUGAUCACGUCGCGUGUGUUUUGUACCUGCGCUGCCGUGAGAAAAAGUUUGUAAUUUUACAGUUAAAAAAAGUGUACCGGAAAAGUUUGUUUAGUUAAAUUACCGUCAGCAGCAUCCCUAUACCGGAGUCAUAAAAUCCAAUCAAGUCUAAUUUCGCCGUGUCCGGGUUGCUUCCGGGUUGUGUGUCGUGCUCGAGAAACCGCAACAGGAAGCGAAAAAUUCCACGGAAAUUUCCUGCGGAAAAUCGCUAGCAAGAAGAAAAUUCCCCAGAAGCAAAAAAUCAUGUGCAGCGAGGUGAACAACACACACGAUGACACGACGCCCAGCUCGACGAAUCCGGCCGAUUACGGGUGCAACUUCAGGAUUCUGGACACCAACGAUCAGAUUCUGGAACUGCAAACCAUCAUCAGGGACAAAAACACAACGCGCAGUGACUUUAAGUUCUACGCCGACCGGCUGAUUCGGCUCGUGAUCGAGGAAAGCCUCAACCAGCUGCCCUACUCGGACUGUUCCGUGGUGACGCCGACCGGUGCCAUCUACGAUGGGCUCAAGUAUCGCUCCGGAAACUGUGGCGUGUCGAUCGUGCGCUCGGGAGAGGCCAUGGAGCAGGGCCUGCGAGACUGCUGCCGGUCCAUACGGAUAGGCAAGAUUCUGGUGGAGUCGGACGCGGAAACGCACGCGGCCCGUGUCGUGUACGCGCGGUUUCCGGAUGACAUCGCGAGGCGGCAAGUGUUGCUCAUGUACCCGAUCAUGGCCACCGGAAACACCGUUAUACAGGCCGUCAACGUGCUGCGCGACCACGGCGUCCCCGAGACGGCCAUCAUCCUGUCCAACCUGUUCUGCACGCCCGUCGCCGCCCGGAUGGUCGUGUCCGCCUUUCCCGACAUGAAGAUCCUCACCUCGGAGCUGCACUCGACGGCACCGAACCACUUUGGCCAAAAGUACUUCGGAACGGACUAGAGCGUGGGAACGGACCCGUAACGUGAAGCUACUUAUGAUAACUACAACUACUGCUGCAAACAACAAGAAUAACAAACUAUUACUAUCAACCAUUGCUUCUGGGAGCUUGUUGUGGACCGCUCCGCGCCGGGAGAAUCAGUUUUGGACCUAAGUUAUUUAUACAUAUUUUUUUUCUGUUCGUCUUUUGUGUCUUAAUGCCAAUCAAACGUGACCCGUUUGCAUGAUUUUCUUUUAAAUUAAAUCUUUAGUUUGUAGGCGUAAUGUGUCAGAUUGCCAGAUAAUGAAACUCAGUUAUAGGAACACUUUGUUAUAUUAAAGAAUUAAUAUAAGAUUGAUAGAA